AUGGCAGUAUCGCUCGAUCCGGAGUCAAUUCAGGUGCCCGCUGCAGGAGGUGAAAUCACGCUACAGCUGAAGAACAGCAGCGCUGAGGGUCGCUAUGCCUUCAAGGUCAAGUGCACCGACAACGAUCAUUACCGUGUCAACCCCGUAUUCGGUUUUGUCGACGCGUCCGGUAAUGCUGCGGUUCUUGUGCGUCGAACGGAAGGCCCUCCGAAAGCUGAUGGUCGUCUGGAAGUUCACUUCAUUCCUGCUCCAGCAGAUGCUACUGAAGCAAAGGCGCUGUUUCCUCCUGGAAGUUCGUCGGAGUUCAAACUGAACGUGCCGUUGAUCGCGGAAUAAGUAGCAAAGAGGAGGAAUGAUCAUCAGCCGAUUGGAUAGGAACAUGCUGUUGGAUAGUAAAUGUGAUAAUAAUUCGAUUAUCCUCGUUCCAUAAUA